AUCAAGGCGGUUACAAAACUUUUCACUACAAUCUUAGUUCAAAAGUUUCCUAGUCAGUGUUUGUUUGCUAAUUUGUGUUUUUAGUGACUUGAAGAUGGAGAGACAACCUUGAUUCCAGGACCUGUUGUCUCUUUUUGUAUAUCUGACGGCUAGACCUGUCAAUAAUCGCAGUGCCGAUGAAAGACAAAAACCAGUAGGGAUGAGUUUGGAUGAAGAGAGUCAGGGUAGAUCCUUUGACGUCUAAAUGUUAAUACUUUAAUUCAUCGAUUUUUGAAGAAAAUGUUUUAAACAGAUUUGUGGACUUUUUCUGGUACCAAAAUAAUUUUUGUUAAACUUAAGGUAAGUGAUUUCGUAAACGGCAGCACUCUUAUAUCCAGAGCUCUAAAAGAUGCAGUAAAAGAUGUUAAGGCUUGAGGACGAGAAUGAUACGGCAGGUGUACAUUUGCUCGCUAUUUUAGGGUAAUCACUAAACGAAUUUACACGUCCUCAUCGUUGACUUAAAACUUCCGUCCAAUAAACUUCGUCACCGUUCUACCGUAUUUAGUGUUUACGUUUUGUAGUGCCAACCUCGUAUCCACGAGAGAAUAGGUCCAUGAUAUGUUUUGUGGGACAGCUUCCUGUCCCAGUCAGCGUUUUAUAGGUGUAUAAUAGGCCUAGCGACGAGGUUGUAAAGUAGCAUAAGCAACUGUUUACAUAUACGAAAUGCUCAAUGCUGGGAUACGUUUCUUUGACAUUGAUUUGUGCUUUGAACAUGACAACUCGUAUGGUCCAGGACUAUGGACUUGUCAUUCUGGUGCGUUUGGUGGACCCAUGACUAAGUUCUUUGAUCAAAUUGACCGUUGGAUGAACGAGCAAAAAAAUCGAAACGAAAUAAUCGUUCUCCAGUUCAAUCGAGACUACGAAAAAGGCGAAGAAAAAAACAUAGGUACCGCUUUAAUGAAGGAAUUAAAAUCCCGUUGGAAUCCAUCGAAUGAAAAUAUCAGAAACAAAAAACUUUCAAUGCAAACCUACCUACACGAAACUAUUGGACAGGCCGUGAAGACGAACCAACGAAUUUAUACUUUUGUCCAUUACAGAUUAAGAGAAAAAUUAUACGACCCUUUCCUUCUUUGGGAGCAUUACAUCGGUUAUACUUGGCAGCAGAUGGGAUAUGUCGGAUCAAAUGAAUGCAAGAAGCUAUCUGACGCAGUGAGCAACAAAUGUGGACAACAAGGAGAGCAUCAAAAGUUUGUACGGUUGGACUUGACACUUACCUGGGGAUUAUGCAACGACGAUAUGGCGUACAAAUGCAACCAGUUAAUUGCUGACGCCACAAACAAGUGUUACGCUAAUAUAAAGAAACAGGCAGGUAACAAGAGAUUCAAAAUCAGUACGGUGAAUUUUAUUGUUGUUGAUUAUGCGCACAGAUAUCCCGGUGUAAACGCUGUAAAAAUAGCGAAGGAAAUGACGUUGAAAUAUAUUGCUGCACAACAAUAACUUUUGUGUUUUCAUGUUGCCAAAUUAA